AUGGAUCAACUACAAUCCCCAUUUUCUCCCCGCCCGACCCUCCGCACCAAGAAGUUCCCCGUGGGCGAUACUCCCAGCCCACCAAGCUCUAUUACAACAUCGGCACCUCCAUCUCCAACCACUUCAACGCGUCGACACAACCAGGUGACCUCGCCUGACCACCUCUUCGACCUCGUCUUCCACCCACAUACCGCAAAGGAAGACUCCGACUCUCCCCGCCAUGGCCUCAGCGAGCCCGCAAACGGCGUGAGCGUCCUCCCCUGCGCUGUCCUCCGCGGCCGCUCUUCUCUGAUGGUCGUCCGCCGCCGACCCUCUGCAGUCGAGAUGGCUCUUAGCGAAGAACAGUCCCGCUGCGACUGCGAUGCUAUUGAGCGCCAAGGUCUGGACCUCAUGGAACCGCGGCCUAUCGAGCGGAAUGCGGCUAUGGGCUUCCACCAUGCUCCCGGUGCAAUGUCGAGCAUCGGUGCGGUGGGUGCCCCUCAGCGACGCUCCUGUUCCGGGGCGAGGUCAAGUGUUUCUAGUGACAGCCGAGCAGUGCAGCAGCCCCGGUUCGUUAUGGGGGGGUAUCUUUGA